AUGAUUUAUUGCCCCUCGGGAGAAGAAGCACAAGUCAAGGAGAACAAGGCCGAAGGGACAGGCGAAAGAAGAGAAGACGAGAGAAAGACGAAGAGCAAGAGGCUCCAGAGAUCAGGUCAAUUGGACUCGCGAUUUCUUGGAUUGCAACAUCACCCCGAUGUGAAGCAGUUCAAGCCGACUGCGUUGCGCAUGGCGAAAGCCUUGCGCCAUCGAGGACCUGACUGGAGUGGAAACUUCGUUGCCAACAACACAAUUCUUGCACACGAGCGAUUGAGUAUCGUCGGAGUCGACUCUGGAGCUCAGCCCCUGGUCAACGAUGAUGAGACAUUGGCGCUGGCAGUCAAUGGCGAGAUAUACAAUCACCGAAUCAUCAGAAAGGGCCUGAAGGUACCCUACAACUUUAAGACACACUCAGACUGCGAAGUAGUCAUCCCAUUAUAUAUGGAACAUGGCGUUGAUGCACCCAAGUAUCUUGAUGGCAUGUUCUCCUGGGUCCUCUUCGAUAAGAAAGAGAACCGCGUGGUAGCUGCCAGAGACCCCAUUGGUAUCACAAGCUUCUACCAAGGGUGGUCUUCCAAGACCCCAGGAGCAGUCUACUUUGCUUCCGAGCUCAAGUCUCUUCAUCCUGUCUGUGACAAGAUCAUCUCUUUCCCUCCAGGUCAUGUCUAUGACUCCAAGACGGAUACAAUGACCAGAUACUUCCAGCCUAAGUGGUGGGAUCCCACCAACGUCCCCUCGGCCCCUGUGGACUACAAAUUGAUCCGUGAAGGUCUUGAGAAGGCCGUGAGGAAACGCUUGAUGGCAGAGGUCCCUUAUGGAGUGCUUCUUUCUGGCGGACUUGACUCCAGUUUGGUUGCUUCGAUCGCUCAGCGUGAGACGCUCAGGAUGCAAGCCGCCCGGAAGGAAUUGCUGCAGAACGGGGCAGCAAACGGCACCAGUCCAAAUGGGACUGACUCCGGCCUUGUUGGAAUCGAUGACACCAAUGAGAUCUCGACUGUCAGCACCCUACCACAGCUCAACUCCUUCUCCAUUGGCCUGCCCAACGCCCCCGACACCAAGGCUGCUAUUGAAGUGGCGGAGUUCCUUGGAACCAAGCACCAUGCCCUCACCUUCACCAUUGAAGACGGCCUCAACGCCCUCUCUGAUGUGAUCUACCACCUCGAGUCAUAUGAUGUGACCACCAUCCGCGCCUCGACACCCAUGUACCUUCUCAGCAGGAAGAUCAAGGGCAUGGGCGUCAAGAUGGUGCUCAGCGGAGAGGGAAGUGAUGAGAUCUUCGGUGGAUACCUGUACUUCCACGCUGCACCAGACAAGGCCGCCUUCCAUACCGAAACCGUCCGCCGCGUCAAGAACUUACAUUUGGCCGAUUGUCUGCGUGCAAACAAGUCCACCUCCGCUUGGGGUGUAGAGGCUCGCGUGCCUUUCUUAGACAAGCAGUUCCUCGAAGACGCCAUGGGUAUUGACCCCGCUGAGAAAAUGAUCAACAAGGAACGGAUUGAGAAAUACAUUCUUCGUAAGGCCUUUGACACCACUGAUGAGCCUGACACGAAGCCGUAUCUUCCCGAGAAGUACCUGUGGCGCCAGAAGGAGCAGUUCAGUGACGGUGUUGGGUAUGGAUGGAUCGAUGCUCUCAAAGACAACGCCGAGCUGCAUGUCACAGACGAGAUGAUGAAGAACCCCAGGCCUGAAUGGGGAGACGACAUUCCAGAUUCCAAGGAGGCACUGAUCCCAGCGGACGGUUCGUCUAAUCUUCUCUACCCUUUCCAGUUUUCUGCCUUGUCCAAUGCUAACAUCAUUGUCCAGGGCCAUCUCUACCCACGUCGCCAAGUACGAGCAGUAAGAAGAAAAGAGCCCUUUGACCAGCUUUUUUUCUCUUCUCUUCUCCUCCUCAGGGAGAGAGGGGGGGGUGGUAUAUCCAUCCUGUCUUUCUUUUCUCCUUUGUCCUUGACUACUUCUUUCUCUUUGUAA